GUCAGCAGGAGAAGAUAUUCCAGAAACAGUCAGGAGGAGCGGCCGAAGGGUUAAUCCAGAAUGAUCCAGUGAGUCAGAAUUAGUCCAGAUUAACGCAGCGACUCACCGUCUGAGAAGUGAAUACAAACACAGACAGAUGCAUUUCAAACAAGCUGUUGCAUAUUUGAGAGUCUAAAACUCCGAUUUGUUUCUUUAACUGGAUUACCAUUAUUUAAACUGGGACAUCACAUGGCUCUGCUGAGGUCAGGCUGGCUUUGGAGACAGACUUCUGUCCUGAAACGCUGGAAGUUGAACUGGUGCGACCUUUGGAUCGAUGGGAGUCUUUGCUUCUAUAAGAACGAGAGCAGGAGAGACCUGGAGCACCGAGUCAGCCUCAAGACAAGGUGUGUGGACGUGAGGUCAGGCCUGGAGUGUGGAGGAGCGUCUCCUCCAGAGAGUAAUCCCAGGGAGAACCUGAUCGUGGUUCAGCUCUCUAACGGCUCCACAGUCAACCUGUGUGCUAACAGUGAGGAUGAAUCCAUCUUAUUGUGUUUCUUUCAGAGCGUGGAAACUGACUCUGCUCGACACCAGGAGAAACCCAGUGUUUCAAUACGACCCAUACGAAGACUCCUACGAAGCUAUCCCCAUCAACAGCUACCACACGGUCUACAUCACACCUGGAGCAGGACCAGGGACGCACCAGGUUCUGGUUCAGAGGGACCCGUUCGACGGGGUGAUGGAGCGCAUGGCUCUGGGUUUACUGGCUGGGAUGGCAGCAGGGACGGCCAUGAGGUCCUUCCUCUACAUGCCCUUCUUCUUCUGCUGAAAUAACCCCCUCACUAACAAGGAAACACUGCAUGCACCUGUCUCUGCUUUUAUAUCAGAUGUUUCAAAUCAUUUCUGCUGUAACGCUGCUCUUCUGGUUGUUCUGUCUUUAUGUACACGUUAGCAUUAAACGCUUGAGAAGCUGAAAAUAUGCUUUAUAGAAACACUUAAUUCCUGAGAGUAAAGAACAUUGGAUGUACCGAUGAGCAUUUGAAAACGCCAUGAAAUUAUGUUUGUAAUUCUUUAAUUUGCUGCCUGAAUUUUACACUGAACAGUUUGAAAACUUGUAUUCUGUGCUUGUGAAUACUUUGAUGUAUUAAACAUUUAAAAAGGGACAGUUUCUAAAUCAUUGCCUGGUUGCAUCGGACAGUGCAUCUGUUCACACACACACUCUGCCAUUGUUGCCUGUUCUUGUUCACAGUGUGAGUUAAGGGUCAGAAAGGCAACCUCACAUCAGCUGAAGAAGACUUUGUGAA